GAAGUUCAUCUUAGCGAUUCAGAUCUCGAAAUCGAAGGUCAUAUCUCGAAAUUUUAAAAUUCUGAGUUCAUAUCACUUCGAUUUCAUAUUGCGAUUCAAAUCUGAGUUCAUAUCACUUCGAUUUCGAUUUAGAUCUGAGUUCAUAUCACUUCGAUUUCGAUUCAGAUCGUGAUUCAGAUCUCAGCGAUGCAGAUCGGUCUCAGUGAUUCAUAUCUCGAAAUCGAAAUCAAAAUCGAAAUCGAAGUUCGAUUCAGAUCGUGAUUCAUAUUUCUUCUCGCUCAGGUUAGCUUUGGUCAGUUAGAAGCAAAGAUAGAGGCUAUCAUGAAUGACUUUAUUCAGCUGAAACCUCAAUCUAAUGUUUACGAGGCUGAAACCAUGGUUGAAGGAACUAUCAGGAACACUGGAUGGAUUCUCAUUUGAUUCUGAUGAUGACGCUGACAAGAUGCCUAAAACCGUCACUAAUCAGACUAAUCAAAAUGAGGGCAAUGGAGAGCAAUCCAACACAAAAACUAAAGCAAAAGCUGAAAAAACACCAGGGGUCGUGCGAAAAAGGAGUGGUAAAGCUGCAGGAGGAAAGCCACCCAAGAAAGUAAGAAAGAAAACCCAAGCUCCGAAGAACAGCAAGACUAAGAAAUGAGAGAUGCUACUGAAUGUGAUAAAUUGUGGUGUGUGGGCCGACAUCAAUUCUCAUUGGUGAAGGAAGAAGCAUUUGAGCACCUUUUAGAACGUGAAUUAAUCUCUUUUACGGACAACAGAGGGCACAAUCAAUCUGUUGAAUUUCGCCCGGUGGUUGAUGCAUGGGGAACAGUUGCUAUAUUGAUAAACAAUGCAGGUAUUACUAGAGAUGGUUUAUUGAUGAGAAUGAAGACUGCUCAAUGGAAGGAGGUUAUUGAUCUAAAUCUCACUGGUGUAUACCUAUGCACACAGGCUGCAACUAAAAUUAUGAUGAAAAAGAAAAAGGUAUUCCUGUCUCAGAGGCUCAAUUUUAUUUAUAUUAAAACUGUAUUUGCCAGACAAUUACACUUUUUUUCCCACCUGCAGGGGGGGUGGGUAGGGAUUUUAGUGUCAACCUAUUUUUGAUGCAUUUCCACUUGAAAGUUUGUUUCUCAAAUUUGCAUCAGAAAUAGUUUUUGGAAAAAAAAUUUCAAUUCUCUCCUCAUUUCAUGCUCUUUCAUAAUGCAUCACAAGUUGCUUACAAUUGAGAAAGAAAUUGAUAUUUUGAGAAACAAUUUGGAAAAAAUGUAUAUUUUGGUGAAUGCUUGGCAGGUGACAGCACAAGAUGUGUCAACAAUGCUGAGAUGUGGACAGAGGACCAUCAUCUUCCUUAUAGAACCCGAGA